AUAGAACGCAUCUGCAUUGGAGAACGCAAAAAGUACAGAAAUUUUCCUGACGGAUGCGAGGAGGAUCUCGCACACGUUCUAAAAUAUUCUUUACUCAAUUUGAAAUAAAGUUUUUCUGAACAGCAUCGCGAAAAAACACGCCUUGCAGCAAAUCAUUCGUUAGCGUUUAAUGUUAAGGCGAAUCUCUUCAAGAUGUGCAUGUUCGUCAUUCGAGAAGAGAAGUACGAAGGGUUCUAUUGGAACACAAUACAUAACCUGCAGGGAUGAGACUGCCCUACGGUGCUCGUCGGCAUAUGCCGGGCGUAAAUUGUCAAGCGGCGAGAAGAGUUAUUCGUCUGAAAAUUCCUCGCAAUUACCGUCUCAAUCGCAGAUCGUCAUCGCCGGUGCGGGAACGGUCGCCAACUCGGUUGCCUAUCACUUGGUACUGAAUGGAUGGAACGAUGUUCUUGUUUUGGAGCAAAAUACAAUUGGCAGUGGAUCCUCACACUUUGGCUCUGGUACACUCGGACUCUUUAAACCAAUUUCUCGCAGGAACCUGAUCACAUAUAGUAUCAAAUUAUAUCAACAGUUGCAAGACAUGGGCCAUGAUAUAGGAUUGAGACAGCGUGGUAGUAUAAAUUUGGCACAAUCCAAGGAUAGAAUGGUAGCUCUUAAAAGAAGAAUGGCUUAUAAUAUACCAACUGGAUUGCAUUGUGAAAUAUUGGGCAAAGAAGAAUUGAAAAGAUUACAUCCUUAUUUACAUGUUGACGAUUUAGAAGGAGCAGUUUUUGUACCAGAAGAUGCUGUUGCUAAUCUAAGUGCAAUUUGUGAAGUCUUAGCAAAGCUGGCAAAGCAAGGAGGAGCACGAUAUAUUGAACAUUGUUAUAUAGAAGAAGUAAAGACUGAGAAAGGGGCUGUUAAAAAUGUUAUAACUGAAUAUGGUAGUGUUACUUGUGAAUAUUUUAUUAACUGUGCUGGAAUGUGGGCUCGUGAGUUAGGAUUAAGAUGCACACCACCUGUCAGAAUUCCAGCAUAUCCUGCGGAACAUUUAUAUGCAAUUGUACCACCUUUGUCAUUAAAGAUUAGUACAUCUCUGCCAUAUGUACGAGAUUUUGACUCGUACUCAUAUAUGAGAGAAUGGCAAGAUGGUCUUUUACUUGGUUGGUUUGAACCUAAUGCAAAACCUGCAUUUGGAAGCGGUCAAGUACCUUCAAAAGAUUGGACAAAACAUUUGAAAAAUGAUUCAGCCCAUUGGCAGCCAUUAUGGGACAAAGCUAUACAUAGAUUACCAAUUUUAAAAGAAGUGGAACAGCCAAAUAUAUAUAAUUGUCCUGAUAAUUUUACUCCAGAUGGUAGAUGGAUAUUAGGUGAAAGUCCGGAAGUAAAAAAUUAUUUUGUUGCUGUUGGAAUGAAUGGCAAUUCGUUGCAAGGUGCUGGUGGAAUUGGUAAAGAAAUCGCUGAAUCUGUAAUAAAUGGUGAAUCUACACAGGAAGUGCUCCCAUUUAAUGUACAAAGGUUUCUAGAUUUGCAUAAUAAUAAACAAUAUCUACAGCAAAGAAUGAAGGAAGUGGUCGGUCGAAAUUAUGCUAUAUUAUAUCCUCAUCAAUCUGAAUACAAAUAUGCUCGUAAAUUACGAUGCUCGCCUUUGUAUUCUGUUUUGGAGGAACGUGGUGCAAUUUUUGGCAUAAAAAUGGCCUAUGAGCGUCCACUUUAUUUUGAUUCAACGUACAGACGAGGACAGAAAAAGCCGAUUAUGCCAAGAGGUAGUUUCUAUAAACCAAAAUUCUUUGAUUUUAUGAAGGAAGAAUUUCAAGCAUGUAGAGAAGGAGUCGGGAUAAUAGACAUGAGCUCAUUUUCAAAGAUUGAAAUUAAAUCUAGUCAUGGAAAGGUAGUGGAAUAUUUACAACGAUUAUGUUCUAAUGAUGCUAAUAUAUCAGUCGGCGGAAUAGUUCAUACAGGAAUGCAAAAUGAAAAAGGUGGUUAUGAAAAUGAUUGCAUAUUAGUACGACAAAGCAAAAAUAGUUAUUUUAUGGUCUCACCCACAUCACAGCAGACACGCAUUUAUCAGUGGAUGUCUAGGCAUUUGCCGACAGAUUAUUUGGUAUGUCUUAACGAUGUGACUUCAAAAUAUACAGUAAUCAAUGUAGUAGGUCCUAAAGCUACUGAGUUGCUUUCUGAGUUAUCCAAUUCUGAUAUCAAUCUUGCACCUUUUACUUAUAAGGCAGUAAACAUUGCAUACGCUUCAGAUGUUAUGGUAAUGGCAUUCACUCAUACGGGUGAACCUGGCUAUUGUCUUUACAUACCUUCAGAAUAUGCACUACACGUUUAUUCAACAUUAAUGGCUAUAGGAAAAGAUUAUGGUGCGAGAGAUGUUGGAGUUCUUACACAACGUUUUAUGAGGAUAGAGAGAUUUAUUCCAUUCUGGGCUGAAGAAUUGACACCAUAUGUGACACCAUAUGAAGCUGGAAAUGGCUACAGUGUAAAACUGAAUAAACAAGACUAUUUUAUUGGAAAAUCUGCUUUACAACAUCAAAAGAUACAGGGAGUCACAAAGCGAUUAGUUUUAUUUGUACUUGAUGGUAUGGAUUUGAACAAAGAUGUAUGGGCAUGGGGUGGUGAACCGCUAUAUCGAAAUGGUCAAUUUGUUGGUACUGUUACAUCAGCUGGCUAUGGUUUUGUAACAGAGAAACUCAUUUGUCUUGGAUUUAUUAGUCUCCCUGGAGUAAAAGAAAAGCAAGAAACACAUGUUAUUACCACAGAUUUUAUAAUGGAUCCAACAGCUUUUUAUGAAAUUGAUAUUGCUGGAACUAGAUUUCCUGCUAAACCACAUAUCCAGCCAUUGCCUAUACCAGUAUUAAGUAGUAAUUUAAAUCAAAAAUAUAUUCCUACUCCAGUUAUUUCGUAUCAAAGUGAUGUUUCGUGUUCAAAAUAAUAUUUUAGUCAUUUUGUGCAAUUUUCAUCUAUCAAAGAUUUAAAAAACAAAUGUAAACAUGUGUAGUUCUGUGUAAUAAAAGUUAUAGUUUAUAUGGUAUGUUUAAAAAA